UAAAUAUACCAAAAGGAAAACAGACUGCUUGAUCUGUAUUUCUUUAUUUGUCAAUAAAAUAUAAUUUCAUUUGAAAAUUUAUGAAAUUUAAUCAAUAUAAAAACGAAAAAUAACAAACCAUUAUAAUAAUGAAUGUUGACUUUAAUCAAAACUAUAAAGUAAAAUAAUCACAUAAUUUAUUUUGUUACAAUGAAGUUGUCAACGCCUAGAUAUUCGUUUUGUUUGUUUUUCCAACUUCUUUUUAUGUUUUUGGACUUAUUAUUUAAUUGUAUCAGUUUAUUUCCACGUAGUCGUGAUGGGCUUCUCGUUUUGUUCAUAUUCCAGGACCUGUUUCUUAUACUGUCUAUCACUGCAAUGCUGAUGACCUUCUUCUCAACAUAUUUAUUUCAAGCUGGUCUGGUGGGCGUGCUGGUGCGCAGGUUCGGUGCGUGGGGCGCGGCGGCGGCGUCGUACGCGGCGGCCAGCGUGGCGCUGCACGCGGCCUGGUUGCUGCACAAGUGGCCGCGCGCAGACGCUGUCUCCCCGCCGCUACUCAUACUGCUCUUCACUGUGCACAGAUGCCUGUCACCCUGGUAUUACUUCUUCUACAAGCGGGCGGCGCUGCGCGUGAGCGACCCGCGGUUCUACGAGGACAUGGACUGGAUCAACCACCAGCUGCAGACACAUUGAACGACCCUCUGGACACGGCUUCCUUCGCGACACAACUGAUAUUACCCUCAUUUGAUUAUCUAUAAAUAAGUAUGUUUCUAGUCAAUG